CCGCCUCCUCCUCUCUCCCUUUCCCCUCUUCCUCUUCCCGGAGUGGCGGGUCCUGAACUUGGAACGGGCCCGGGAUUGGCCGCGGCCCCGCGCGGCGGGCAGCUCUGACGGCUCCUAGCAACCCGGCGGACGCGGCACCACAAAAGCUACAGAACCCGGGUGGCUCCCGUCGGGUGUGUUCGCUCCAUGGCCUCUAAGCAAGGCAAAAAGAAAGAACUUCACCGCAUCAACUCCGCGCAUGGGUUCGAGAAGACGAAAGAUCAGUCAUCUUUUGGGAGUAGCACACAGUCUGGUUUAACUGAAAUAAGAAAAGGAAAAUUCCCAAUUUGGCCAGAAUGGAAUGAAGCAGAUAUAAAUGCAGAAAAGUGGGAUGUAGGAAAAGGAGGAAAGGAAAAAGACAAAUCUGGAAAAAGUCCCACUUUACAUUUAUUUGAUGACCCUGAAGGGAAGAUUGAAAUGCCACCAUCACUAAAAGUUUCUUCAUGGAAACGUCCACAGGAAGUUUUGAUUAAUAAGAUUCCUGUGGUAGUGAAAAAUGAAACUUCAUUUGACCUAUUUACAGCAAAUGGACACAUAAUCUGCAGUGAGGUGAUGAGAUGGAUUAUCAGUGAAAUACAUUCAAUAUGGAAGAUAUAUAAUGGAAAUAUUUCAAGCCCUUCAACAGAUCCUCCUAUUGUAAAUUGGAAACCCUGGGAACAUAUAUACUCUCUAUGCAAGGCAGUGAAAGGACAUAUGCCUCUAUAUAAUAGCUAUGGAAAAUAUAUUGUGAAACUUUAUUGGAUGGGUUGUUGGAGAAAGAUAACAGUUGAUGACACCUUACCAUAUGAUGAAGAGAAUAGGUUAUUACUUCCAGCUACAAAUUGUGACAUUGAACUUUGGCCAAUGAUAUUAACUAAAGGCAUCAUUAAGCUCACAAAUAUUGAUAUUCAUAUGGCUGACCAAAGAGAGUUAGGAGAAUUCACAGUUCUUCAUGCACUCACAGGAUGGUUACCUGAAGUCAUUCCUGUCCGCCAAGAAUAUUUGAACAAAAUUUGGCAGUUUUUGAAAGAAAUUUUGCCGGAGUUUAAACUGAUUGAAGAGAGCAGUUCUGAAAAACUAUCAGAUUCGAAAUCAAAAGAUGGAAAAGAUUCCAAGGAUGGAAAAAAUGGAAAAGAUGAAAGAGGUGGAAAAGAGGGAAAAGAAGAAAAAAGUGGAAAAAAUGGAAAAGAAGAGAAAGGAGGAAAAAAUGGAAAAGAAGAAAGAAGUGGGAAAAAUGGAAGAGAAGAAAGAAGUGGAAAAAAUGGAAAAGAAGGAAAAGAAGAAAAAGGUGGAAAAGAUGGAAAAGAAGGCAAAGGUGAAAGUGCACAGGGCAAAGGAGCUGAUAAAGGUGAUAAAUCUGGAAAAGAGAAAGUAGAUGUGAAAGAAGGAAAGAAGAAGGCAAAGGACCUGGAGAAGGAUAAAGCCAAGAUGUCUGCUCAUAAUUCAAGGGCUCUAUCAGAUGUACAGCAUUCUCUAAUUCAAUCUCUGCAGGCCAUAUCAGAGGUUGGAGUAACAGGAGGGACUCAACCAUUGGUUUCACAGUUCCCUCAGAUGGCGGUAUAUGGUACUUUUGCACCUCUGAGCUUGUCUGAAAAGAAGAUCUUUACCCUAGAGAAAAUGGCAGAAUCUGCUGAGAAGCUCAGAGAAUAUGGACUUUGUCAUAUACGUAGUCAUCCUGUGCUAGUAACCAGAACUAGGUCAUGUCCACUCAUAGCUCCACCAAAACCACCACCUGUACCUGCUUGGAAACUUAUUCGCCAAAAGAAAGAGACGGUUGUGACAGAUGAACCUCAAGAUCCAAUAAUAAAGAAACCUGAACAAUUUCUUGAGAUUUGUAGCCCAUUUUUGAACUACAGAAUGAAUCCAAUUCCAAUUCCAACAGAAACGCAUUAUGUACAAUCUGUGGUUAAGAAGGGAAAUCCUUUUAUUGGCUUACCUUCUCUUAUUGAAGCUGAUGAAAGUCAGAGUAUUCAAGAUAUGAGUCAAACUACAGGAACUUCAGCUGGACAAAAUGCUUCUCAGGUGAAUAUUGGUGUUUCCAAUGGAGCUCCUAAAGAAGAGACAGAAACUAUGUAUAAUAUUGCACCUCAUCCAUCACAGACAAUUGAGUUAUUCAGUCAGCUAACAGCCGCUUUGGAAAAAUCCCAAGAAGAAGUUUUAACAGAAAAUGCUCCUCCUAUAUGCAAAGAAAUCUGGUUUGACUUUGAUGACUUCUGCAGAUGCUUCCAGAAUGUAUAUAUUUUCCAUAAACCAAAUUCUUAUAUCUAUAACUAUCAGAGGUCAGACUUUAAGUACACAGAUGAACGAAUAUUAUAUUAUUUAUUUGUGGAUAGUCUGAAACCUAUUGAACUUCUGGUUUGUUUUUCUGCAUUGGUACGCUGGGGAGAAUCUGGAGCCUUACAAAAAGACAGUCCUAUCAUAGAACCUGGACUACUUACAGCAGAAACGUUUUCUUGGAAAUCUCUGACUCAGCGGAAUCUUGUAUUAAAAAUACAUACAUAUGCUGCCAAAGCUGCAAUGAUUCGCCUUCCAGUUGGGCGGCAUAUGUUAAUCUUUACUGCACAUUCCCCAGUAGGACAUCAUAUUCAUCUGUGUAGCAUGGUAUCCUUUAUCUUUGGAGAAGAAGAUGUUGUUAUGCCUCAUUUUGAGAAGGAAAGCCUACGAUUUGUAGAACAUGCUGUGACAAUCUUAAAAGUUACUGGAUCUGUUAUGAAUAAUUUCAGAGAUAAGGAAAAACUUGCUAAUUCUUUGAGAAAGUUACGGAUGAUUCACUAUCCUCCAAACAUUAAUAAUAAGGAGCUAUCAGAACAACAUUUCAAGGUUUUCCACAUUUCUUUAUGGCGCUUGUUCAAAAAAGUUUUUGGACCUAGGAUUCCAUCCAACUUCAAAUUUGCAUUCCGAGCUCUUACUUUGGACUUCAGCCCAUUUGAAACCUUUCCUGAAGAAGCUUCUUUAGCUGAGUGGAUAGAUCUUAAAUAUCCUGCUGUGUUGCAAGACAGAAAUUACUCUUGUGAAGAUUUAGUGGCAGCAGUUAAACUGCAAGCUUGUUGGAGAGGAACUUAUGUUAGGCUCGUCAUGAAGGCUAGACAGCCAGACACAAAGGAAAAUAUUGCUGUUGCAGACACUCUGCAAAAACUUUGGAGUUUGCUGGAUGUCAAUUUAGAACAUUAUGCAAUCUCUCUCUUAAGAUUAAUGUUUAAAAGCAAAUGCAAGUCUUUUGAGCUAUAUCCGUGUUAUAAAGAUGAAGAAACUAAGAUAGCUUUUGCUGAUUAUUCUGUAACCUAUCCUGAUCAACCACCAAAUUCUUGGUUUAUAGUUUUUAGAGAAACAUUUCAUGUAGCACAAGAUAUGCUCUUGAUGCCUAAAGUAUAUACUACUCUUCCAGUCUGUAUGCUCCAUGUUGUUAAUAAUGACACAAUGGAAGAAGUGCCACGAGUAUUUCUCAAAGUAAUACCUUAUGUCUAUACCAAGAAUAAGAAAGGAUACUCAUUUGUGGCAGAAGCCUAUACGAAUGAUUUUUAUGUUACAUCUGGAAAAUGGAGACUUCGUAUCAUUGGUUCUUUUACUCCACUUCCAUAUCUUAAUCGAGAGACUGUAUGCAGUUUAUUUUCCAUGAGGGAGAUUAAAGACUAUUAUAUUCCAAAUGACAAGCAAAUUAUGUUCAGGUAUUCAAUAAAAGUGGCAGUAGGACUUAUUGUUACAGUUCAGGUACGCACUUCUAAAUCUGAUGUUUUCAUCAAACUACAGAUCUUGGAAAAUGAGGAAGAAGUUGUAAGCACUAUUGGAAAAGGCCAUGCUAUAAUUCCUUCAUUUUUUUUCCUUAGUAAUGAAAGAAUUUUAAGCUCUCAAUUCACCUUUUCCCAAACUAGAAUCAGAGACUCUAAAGCUAGCAAACAAGUUCUUGCUCAUAAAAUAGCCGCCAACAAGGAAGCAGAUGUGCCACAAUCCAAGAAAAAAGCUGCUGCAGGAGCUCAAAAAGCUAAUAAGGCACGAGCUACUGGUGCAAUUGAAAGUGGUCAAAAUGUUCUUGAUGAUGAUUCUGUUAGCUUUCCAUAUGUAGAGGAAAACUCUCAAGUUUCCCAACAGAAUUAUAAGUAUAUCAUACAAGCCACAGUACUGUCUAACAGUUGGCCCCUUACAGAAAAUCAGUCAGCAUUUGUUCAGACACUUAGAGAUUUGGAGAAAAAUGAUCUCAGAGAACAACCUAAAAUAGUAAUCAAGAAGAAAAAAGGAAGCCCUGUUCCAGAUCUUGCACAUUCAGAAAAACAUGAAGAAUUAAUUUCAACGGGAUUUACAGAUGUCCAUGGGUCUACUGAUGGGCAAAAAACUACAUCUACUGUAAAAACAACUCGAAAAGGUAAAGAUAAAGGAGCUGACAAGGCAGAAAAAGAGAAGGCAGCUAAAGAAAAGGUGGCACCUAAAGUUGAACCUCAGCCUCAGCCACAAGAUCCAAAUAAACCUUAUUGGGUGUUGCGCCUAGUCACUGAACAGCUUGACACUGAUAUUCUGGAAGUUAAGAAGGAUACAGAAAGAGCAGAUGAAAUCCGAGCAAUGAAACAAGCAUGGGAAUCUGCAGAGCCAGGCAGAUCUAUCAAGGCUGCUCAAGCUCGCUUACAUUUUAUCAACACAUUUACCAAGAAAGCUGAAGCUGAGGGAGAGCCUGAAGAUACAACUAAAAGCAUGGAAGAAGAAACAAAAAAACCUCCUGGUGUUGAACACAUACAAACUGUAGUGACAACUGACAUAGGUGGUCAACCAAUGAAGAAAGAAUUAGCACCUUUAAAUAUUACUCCAUAUUUCCGACAAACAACUGAUGAACCUGUACUAUACAAUAUUGCUUUGGCCCAGCAACAAGAUAUGCAGAAGGCAGAGGAAGUUCAUCAGUUUCGCCAGUAUCGAGAAAAAAUACUUAGCAAAAGAGAUUUUGAACAUGCAGCACGGAAGAAACUAAAGGCAAAAGUUUUGGAUACUUACAAAGAUAUCCGUACAUCUUUACAGGAGACCCGGGAUAUGGUUCUAUUACCCCGGGAAGAAUACAGGGAGAGGUUGCUAGAAGAGGAGCGCCAACGAGUAGCGGCAUUAGCAGCAGAAGAAGUAGUCGUUAAACCGGAGCCGGAGAAGAAAAGUCCUGAACAUCAGAAAAAAAAAGGAAAAGGAGGGAAAAAAAAGUGACCCUAGGAAGCCAAACAUUUCCCUUAUUCAGGAAAAGAAAACUAUUUUUAAUGAGCAAUUGUUGUAUAUAUCUAUGAAAUAAAAGUUAGACUAAUUGAAAAUAUGAUUGUUUAAGCAUGAUAGCAUAAUUCUCUAACAUUUCUACUUUUUAAUUUUAAUUUUUCCCUAGGUUUAGCCUUAUAUAAAUGAUGUUUUAAUUCAUAUUGUUAUCCUCAAAAUAUUUAUAUAAUAAAGGAAUUCUCCCUCAA